AGAGCAAAAAAAAUUAAAUUCCGAAAAGCGGCCGCUCCGACUGGGCUUUGAGGGUGGCUUAAAGCAAGGCGUGCGACCCCUACGAGGCGGCACGCAUUCCCGGCGCUCGGUAGUGACGUCACGGCAGUCACAGACACUUAUGAAGCACACAGCCAAUCCCCGGUCUCGUGACCAAGAGGACCAUGAGGGUGAAUCCAAAGCCAAGCAUCCAAAGACUGAUUCGAAGGCACCCCUUACUUUGUCGGUUACCCCGUCUCUAUAUGAUGCCCCUUUUCCUUUUUACCGGCGGCCAGCUGAAAUGGGACAGUUUUCCCUAGAUGCCAAGCGCGGCUUCCAUGGAGAUGCUCGUCAGCUGCGUUACUAUGCCCCACCCCCUUCUGAAGGCCCCUCCCCUGGAUUUGACUUGCGUGAUGGCUACCGCGACCGCUACGUGCGGCGGGGUGGGGGCAUCCGUGAAGGACUGGAACACCUGCUGAAAUGGAUUGCACAGAACCGGAAGCAGUUACAGACUGAGGACAAAGGGCGGCCUCUGAACACUGACUUUGUGACUUGGCGGGGACAUCUCACCAAAGUGCUGACCACCCCAUAUGAGGCUCAGGAGGGGUGGUUGUUCGCUGUCACCCUCUUCCGAGGGACUCUGUACAUCAGCGAAUUUGAAACGGAGGCUGCCCGCAAACAGCGGGAGCAGCGCUCAGAACUGCUGAAAGAGCUCAUGUAUAUGGGAUAUAAAUUUGAACAAUAUAUGUGUGCUGAUACUCCGGACGGGAUUCCUGAUCCAACUGGCGUGGUGAACACAAAUGAAGCUUUCUGCACAGUGAUUCGGUCCCGCCUGGGUAAUCACUCACUUCUUUUCUCUGGAGAGGUAGAUUGUACUGAUCCCCGGAGCCCUUGGCCAGAUCCACCAAGUUGUUACGUGGAGCUGAAGACUAGCAAAGUCAUGCACAGCCCUGCUCAGAGGAGAAGUUUUUACAGGCACAAGCUAAUUAAGUGGUGGGCCCAGUCUUUCCUUCCAGGAGUGUCCCGGAUUGUGGCAGGAUAUCGAGGGCCAGAUGGCUCAGUUGUGGGGCUGGAAAGUUUUGAGACUAUGAAAAUAUUCCAACUCAUUCGGGAAGAUCCAGGCUGCUGGAAGCCAGCUGUGUGUAUGAAUUUCUGUGCUGCUUUUCUAGCCUUUUUGAAGACAGUGGUGACGGAAGACAAUCCAAAGUUGGUUCAUCUCUUUGCCUGGGACCCAGGGCACCCAGUUUCCUUCACGGUGCAUCAGGAUUCUCAAUAUUGUUUCCUGCCUGACUGGUAUGUGGAGUCUUUGAGUGCAGAGAAGCCCCCAACAUCAUGGAUCCCAGGCUGAUGCACUGGAAGCCAAGCUGGUCUUGGGCCUAGAAGCUGCUGCACCUUACAGGCUCAGGUGGGUGGUAGAAGGAAACAAACACCAAGAAUCUGUUACCUGCUGCUUGGAGAACGGGGAGACAGAGCUAUGGCACUGCUGUGUCAACAAAGGAAGGAAGAACCAACUGCUCACGCAUUGUCUCCUGCUGGUGCUUCUGGAGCAUGUUCUUUCUCAUGUCACCUGUGGCUUACAUACAAUAAAAGGAGGGAGCAAAAGUGUAACUAUGAA